ACGUAUAAGUUGAUUAGCGUGUCAUGCAAAGCUUUUAAAUUGCGCGCGUCAAAUGUGAAUGGUUCAUACUGUAACGUUAACAAGCGAAUGUCAAAUUGCAGCAAACAGCUGAUUUUAGCAGCACAUCGACUUGUUUACAAUCUUUGUUAUUGCUUGUAUACACGGAUAAAACAAACUUUAAUGCAAUGCUGCAAACGCCAAUUGUUCAGCCCACCUUGCACCAACCGCUGCAUUCGAAGGUCUCCAACUAUUUAAACAAUCAACGCCGCACGGGACAGUUUUGUGACUUGCAGCUGGAACUAGACUCGGAUGAUGCGUCCUGCACAUGCAGCGUCCACUUUUGCGUGGUGGCCGCUCAAAGCCAGCUCAUUGGCCUCAAACAGCAAAAACAACAACAGUUCUCAAUGCAGAAUCCACUUAAAGUCACUAUUCGCAACUUCAACUGCACCGUGUGCUUGCACACCAUCGUGGACUUCUUCUACGAGGACAUUGUCUCCGUUUCCAAGGAGCACGAGGCGCAUUUUCGCGAGCUGGCUAAGAUACUGUCUGUAACCGAGUUGCUCAAUCUGUACCAAAUAGAACAGGCCAGCGACGUUACCGCGUGCCUGGAGCCAAGUGCCGUUAAGGGCGAUGCGGAGGAUAUUAUGCAGCCUGCUAUAAAGCCGGAUGUUGUUUUUGAAAAUCAACAGAGUUAUUUUAAGCUCAAAAAUCCGCGCGCCGUCAAGUCCAGCAGCAAAAUAAACUACUGCAUUGGCUGCGAUUUCAAGUGCUAUCAGGUGCAGAAGAUGAUUGACCACAUGACUAGCUGUGAGCCCUCGCACCUGACGUGCUCGCUCUGCGAAAUUGGCUUUCUGGAUUGGCGCGAAUAUGAUGCGCAUCUGCGCAGACAUGGCUCCGAUCGGCGCAAGCCCUUCUUUUGCCUGGAGUGCGACAAUCGCUUUAACACUCGGGCUGCUCUGCUCGUCCAUCAGCCCAAGCAUUCAACGGAAACACCGCAUGUCUGCACGCACUGCGGCAAGGCUUUCAAGUGGAAACAGGGCCUUAGCAAUCAUAUGCUGGUCCACAAUCCCGAAAAGCAGAUGCUCUGCGAUGUCUGCGGCUACAGCACCACGCACAUGAAGGCUCUCAAGAGUCACAAGCUCCUGCACACUGGCGAGUUCUUUGCCUGCACUGUCCCUGGCUGCAAGCAUCGUGCGAAUCGCAAGGAGAACAUGAAGCUCCACAUCGAGACACACAAACAGGGGCGCGAUUUCAUCUGUGAGAUUUGCGGCUGCAAGUUUAGUCAGAGCAAGAACCUAAAGCGACAUGCUCUAAAGCAUACCGAAGGCGGCCUCAAUCGCUACAAGUGCCAGUUGUGCGGCUUCAGUAGCCAUCGCUCGGACAAAAUGAAAGAGCAUGUGCAGCGAGUGCAUACGGAAAGAGCGGUACAGCUAGAGCUGCCGGAGACAGUAGACUGCUCGUUUGAAAAUAAAAUGCCCGAUGAUUUUGCGCUGCCGCCCAUGAAUGCCUUGCCAGUGGGAAGUGUCAAGGAUAGCAAUGUCACGGAGACAACUCGACAGAAUCGCAAAAUUACGACAGAUGUGACGACACCAAGUGUAAAACGGUUAAAGACGCUGCUGCCAAAAGAUGCAAUUGAUUAAAGUCGUAGACGUGCAGGAAACUGAGUGCAACCAAUGAAAUAGCAGACUAAACUGAUUUAACUUGGCGUCUGCGCCACUUAGUCAAUUUUAAUAUGCUUAGCUUGGUAAAAAUUGUUCCUGUGACUGUGUUUAAACGAGCGAAUGCCACAAAAUGCUGAUUUAGCAAUCUAAUUGAUGAUAGAGGCAACUAGAGACAACUAGAAAAUAAACUACACGAGAGACGUCGCUAGUACUUAUAUAAAUACUCUAAAAUACAACAAGCGGGAGGACGCCGGCUCAAAUCCUGUAGCAGUAUUAAUUUUUCCUAUUCGUUUAUUAAAUUAACAAUUUAGAUGUCUAUAAACCAACGCUAAUUAAUAGCAGAGCUUAGAAGCUAUUUAAUAAUCAUGCAUACUGUUUAAUAAGCAUACCCAUUUAAACAAAUUUGCGCAGCGUUAAAAAGCUUUGCGAGAACCAAAGAGCAAAAAAGUAAGACUAAAGCAUGGCAAACUGGAUUGAAAGAGAGCGAAA